AUGGGACCAGGGCUUUGGCGACGUGGAGGAUGGGUUGCGGCUUCGAGAAGGGAGGGAGCGGCGGCGCCGGCGUCGGCAUUUCGUCAGUCGCAGGCGUUCCGGCCGUCGCCAACUCGGCCAGUUUACUUUAUCCGUAACGAUAUUUCUUUUCUCGAAAUCGGAAAUGAGUGGGCUGGGCCGAAUGCAGUUAGGCCCGUGCGGUGCUACUCUUUCACGGAGCCCAUGAUUGAGAUAUCAGCCCAGGUAGAAAGAGAGGGGACAGAAUCGUGGGCUGGGACCUGUCGUCUUCGUCUCCGGCGGAACAAAGCGGCGGCGAGGCGGGACAUAGAGAGGAGGAGAGCCGAGAGCGGGAUGGGGUACCUGUGGCGGGUGCGUCUGUCGUCGUUCGCUGCCGGCGUAGCGACGGCAUCGGCGGCGGGGUUCUUCCUCCUCUACAAGGACCACCUGCUUGCCCGCGCCGCCAUCACCCGCCAGGUGGAGGACAUUAAGGAAACUUCUGAAAAGCACCAUGCAGCCCUAAAUAAGAGGAUAUCAGCACUGGAAAGCAGAAAAGAAUCUGGAACUAUCAAAGAGGCAUCAGAUUAA